AUGGAUGAACAAAGCGUGGAGAGCAUCGCCGAGGUGUUCCGCUGCAUCAUUUGCAUGGGGAAGCUGAGGGACGCUCGCCUCUGCCCACACUGCUCCAAGCUCUGCUGCUUCAGCUGCAUACGGCGCUGGCUGACGGAGCCUGGAGCUCGGUGUCCACACUGUCGAGCUCCACUCCAGCUGAGGGACCUGGUCAACUGCCGCUGGGCCGAGGAGGUGACGCAACAACUGGACACGCUGCAGCUUUGCAGCCUCACCAAGCACGAGGAUAACGACAAAGACAAAUGUGAGAACCAUCACGAGAAGCUGAGUGUCUUCUGCUGGACGUGUAAGAAAUGCAUCUGCCACCAGUGCGCUCUGUGGGGCGGCAUGCACGGCGGCCACACCUUCAAGCCGCUUGUGGAGAUCUACGAGCAGCACGUGACUAAAGUGAAGGAAGAGGUGACCAAGCUGCGCCGACGCCUCAUGGAGCUCAUCAGCCUAGUGCAGGAAGUGGAAAGGAACGUGGAGGCGGUGCGGGGAGCCAAGGACGAGCGGGUCAGGGAGAUCCGCAACGCUGUGGAGAUGAUGAUCGCCCGUCUGGACAACCAACUGAAGAACAAACUCAUCACGCUCAUGGGCCAGAAGACAUCCUUGACCCAGGAGACAGAGCUGCUGGAGUCCAUUUUACAGGAAGUGGAGCAUCAGCUCCACUCGUGCAGUAAGAGCGAGCUGAUCUCCAAGAGUCCGGAGAUCUUGCUGAUGUUCCAGCAGGUCCACAGGAAGCCCAUGCAGUCCUUCGUCACUACGCCCGUGCCGCCUGACUUCACCAGUGAGCUUGUUCCUGCCUACGACUCCAGCACUUUUGUUUUGGUGAACUUCAGCACCCUGAGGCAACGGGCUGACCCGGUCUAUAGCCCUCCUCUGCAAAUAUCUGGACUCUGUUGGAGACUCAAAGUCUACCCGGAUGGUAACGGUGUUGUUCGUGGCAACUACCUGUCCGUGUUUUUGGAGCUGUCCGCAGGACUCCCCGAAACGUCAAAGUAUGAGUACCGCGUGGAGAUGGUCCACCAGACCUCCAGCGACCCGAGCAAGAACAUUAUCCGGGAGUUUGCCUCAGACUUUGAGGUGGGCGAGUGCUGGGGCUACAACCGCUUCUUUCGGCUGGACCUCCUGGCCAGCGAGGGCUAUCUGAACAUGCAGACGGACACGCUGGUGCUCAGAUACCAGGUGCGAUCGCCCACCUUCUUCCAGAAGUGCAGAGACCAGUACUGGUAUAUCGGCCAGCUAGAAUCUGCUCAGAGUGGCUACAUCCAGCAGAUCAACAACCUCAAAGAGCGAUUGGCCAUCGAGCUGUUCCGCCACCGCUCCUCGCCCCCCGAACCGAGGCCGGCAGUCUCCGAACGGGACCCCCGUGCCGUCAAGAGCGAUGGCGACAUUCAGACUACGCUGAGCAACGGGAAAAAAGCCGGCAACGACGAUGUGCGAACCUCGCACGAUGACUCCAACGAGCUGUCUGACGGGGACCUGGAGGUAGACUGCCUCACCGAGGAGGAGGUGAACCCCCUGGACUGCAGCAGCACUUCAGGGAGCUCCACGGCCACCAGCAACACUGAAGAGAACGACAUUGAUGAAGAAACCAUGUCCGGUGAGAACGACGUGGACUUCAUCGGAAACCUCGACACGGAGGAAGGAGAGCUCCCCGAUGACUUGGAUGGAGCCGCCGGUGGUUCCAGCUUCUGCUUGCGUUCCUCACUUCUCAGUUCAGCUCUUAGCCGUGUCAACGGAGGAGGCGGGGCUUCUGCUGCUGCUGCUGGUGCAGUCGGUGGCAGCGGAAGCAGCAGCCUCCUUGACAUGGACCCGGUCAUCCUCAUCCGUCUGCUAGAUUUGAAAGAACAUGACAACGUGGAGACCCUGUGGGGGCUUCAGCCUCGACCGCCGGCAUCUCUUCUCCACAGCCAAGCAGAUCUGUCCUCAAGGAAAGACCGGGAGCGUCGUCCCCAAGUGGUGCGUCGCUCCGCCCCGGAUUCGGCGGUCCUCGUGCGACUCAAGGCGCAGAUCGCUGAGGUACGCAACAAAAUGUCUGACAUCAAGAGCCAGGUGCCGGAGCCCCGCGCGGCCGGAGAACCUAGACCCGGUCCGUCUGCGAUCGCGCACCCGGAGUCGUCCGCCGGUCGGUCCAGGCCGUACCGCCCAGGGCAGAAAUGUCCGUCGUCUGUCCUGGAAAGCGACGACGCUUCCGGGGGACGUCAGAGGAGUCCGGAUCGGACGGAAAAAGAUGGCGUGGAACUCGGACUGCAUCUCAAAGAAGCUGUGGACGGAGGAACAAAGACGACGGACGGAACUCAGUUGUCACCAGAGCAGUCGUCCUCCAAGCGACUGACGUGCACGGCUUCAGGGCGCAGGGACGACGUAUUCUCACUGGUCGGAUCUGGUUACGCUGCUGCGAGGACGCUUUGCUCAGCUACGUUGGACUCCGAAAAUGAAAGCUCAGCUAGCUCGCAUCUUUGCUCCCGGGACGGAUCGUCUUCACAGCCGCAGUCCAGUGAGGGUCAAUUUGCCCCAGAGCCGCUGGCGCCUGUUGCGGUGGCGGCGACAAGCAGCGAGAGCGACAGCGAGGACGAAGACGCUCUCCUCGUCGCCGACUCGCGCUACGACAGCCAGACUCCGCCUUGCACAGGGGAGUCACUGUCUGAAGACAUGACUGACAGGUGA